AUGGCUUCCAUCCCCCGCAGUCUCAAAGUUCCCCACGCCAUCCUCUCAUCCCUCCUCAAGGUCUUCCACCGUGGCCCUUCCACUCGCCUCGGCCAGAAGACGACCACCGGCUCUGUUCCUGUGAAAGCGCCAAAGUUCUCUCCGUUCUGGAAGAAGCGAGGCCGCAGGUCCAACAAGUCUAAGAAGGGAAAGGGAAAGGGAAAGAAGACUAACAAGAAAGCGGGUAGCGGGUUGGGACUUUUUGUCCAGUGUGUGCACAAGUCGUUUGGUGUCCCGAUCCACGAGGACGGAACGACUGGCGGUCCUGCGGAUGCCUCAGGCAAGCAAGGCACCCGCGGCGAAGGCGGCCCUGCGAUCUACGUCGAGGGGCCGUCCUUGACCGGUUCUGAACAGGGCGAAUUCGAGAUGCGCCCGGAGGACAUGUCUCGCGCAUGCGAGAUUCAGACCGCCGACGAUACUGUGGGAAGUUCGUCGACGAGCGAAGAGCGCUUCUUCGACGUUGCGCUCAGCCGCUUCUCCUUCGGCACCGGAGCUGCUCAUGGGGCCGCCUCUGGUCCCAGCUCCGGUUUUGGCGGCAUGACCCCCUCCCCCUCCAUCAUGUCCGGCCUCUCUGGCCUCGCCAACGCCAACACCUAUACGGAUGCUGCUAGGUGCACCUACAGCACCCUGUCGAGGGAUCCUGACCGCCUUAGGCCCUCAACCCUCUGCCGCGGCGGCUGGUAUCCGAACCAGCGCCCCCGCGAGCAGAUGCCUAUCGUCCUCGAAAGCGACAGCGAAGAGGACUAUGGCCAAGUCAUCCCCGACAAACCCCGUCAACUGCACGUCGUCAACUGCACGCCUGUUGGCGCCUCUCCUCCCUCUCCUCCCUCUCCUACUGCUCAUUGUGGCGUCCCCCUCACCGAUGCGCCCCUUGAGAGCCGCGAGCCGCUCGCACGUCCCGACAGAGGCACCACUGUGGGAGUGGGCCUCGGCGUCGGUGAUGUUCUUAGUAGAUCUGCCGCGAUAGUCGACGCUGCAUCAAGCGAGUCUCGCGAGACGAUGUCGACCGUCCCGUCUGGGUGGUCGGCUCUCCCCUCGUUAUCCUCUUCGGAGGCUAUGUGCGGGGGCCUCUCCGAGUCCGCGACGACAAUCUACUCUACAUCCGCCAAGGGAUCUACCUCUGCUUGCGCUCUUCCCUCUUCUUCCACAUACGAUUGCGCCUUCCCUUCCUCCGUUCCAUCUUCCGGUUCUAUGCCGUGCGCACCCCCGCUUAUCGGGGCUGGCGCGCACCCUGAACAUGCCCAUGUUGCUGCCGCAAACGCGGACAACGAAGCCGAAACCAACGACUUCGACAACGAGGGCCCAGAAAUGGACACCACGGACCAACAACUCGAGCACAACUCGAGCUACGAAGACUACGAAGGUCACGUUAAAGAAGAAGACAUCGAAGACCUUGACCCCGACGCCAGCAUCCUUGGGAUGUACACGCGCUCGCAUCCCGUCUCGACCCCGGGCUCAUGGCUCUGGGAGAACGAUGAUGAGAGCUACGACGAGUAUGGCUACAGCUUCAACCACGACAGGACCUACCGCUCUCUGGCACCUUCGCCCAGCCCUCGUCGCGUCUACGGCGAUGGGAACGAGCACUCUAUCAUUGAGAGCUCGGUUGCGGACUUCAUGUCGCACAGCGUGCUCUAUGCGACCCCGGUCAGACGUGGAGCCGAUGGCGACAACGUGAGUGCGAGUGGGCGGCGACGUCUGGGAAGCGCCAGCGCCGUCCGCUCCGCGCGCAAGCUGCUCGGGCGCUCGCCGUUCUGGUUCCUCACCACACCCCUGCGGAGCGUCUGCAAGCCGGUUAGGCCGCCCAGGGAAAACUCGGGCGACGACGCCGCAGACCAGAGUGUGGACACGGACGAUCUCUGGGCGCAGAUGCGCGACGCCAUCGACCUUGCGCGCGACGGCGCGUAUGUCGACCCCGCCAAGCUCCUCGCCUCCCGGGCGAUUGCGCCGCGCACCCCUCAACGCACGCCCCUUAGGAUGCAGCGCCUCAUCGGCCCCGCAGCUCCUGGCUCGCGGUCUGUGAAGGCUAGUAAGCUUUCUUCGGUCACCAAUGCGAACUCUCCGCGUAGCGCAGAGAAGUACGCGACGCCUGACAAGGUGUGGUGGGCUGCCAGCGGUGCUGAUCUGAACAUGUGCAUGUAGGCGACGCACCUCUUGGUCGAUGGGUUCCUGACGUUUCAUUCACUUGCUAAUAUUCCUCAUGUCUACGCAUCAUCUUCAUGAUGACCACUUAAUGUUUUAGACGGCUCGACACGGACACUAAUUAGAUUAUGCUACAUGUAUCGCUUAGUGCCAUUCACUCGUUGUAAUGAGGAUCGUGAAUCUUAGAC